CUCAACAUGAGCAUCAGCACUUUCAACUUCCAGUUCUACAACUACAAAAUGCCAGCAGCUAUGGGCUGCAGCACUUCGCACUCUUCGUCGUCGUUCAUCAGUGAGCUGGAAAUGGACAUUGAUGAGGAAAUGUCCUCACCAUCCGUCACCUCCACGCCCAAGCCGCGCAUCACCACGGAACUGGCCCUCCAGCUACAACACGAUUCAUCCACGCCAGCCGCAGUCCCUGCAAAGACCACAUUGCCCUGCCUGAGGCCUCAACUUCACACGGCCCAGAAGCGUUGGUCCAUGGAGUUGCGCGAGAAGGUCCUGGAAAUGUCCAAGCGCAACAACGGAUCCGAUGGUGAGGACCAACCACAGACCACAGAACAGGAACAUCCACUGCUGCAGCUGCAGGAAAAGGCAGAGCAGCAAACCGUGAAUGUGGAUGUGGAUGUGGACGUGAAUCCCAUUGUGACCCCGACUGUCACUGACAAAAUUAACUUCUUCAACAAGCUGACCAACACCUUCGAGUCCACACGGAGCGGUGCCACCACUGGCACCGCCAACGGCAUCAGCAGCAAGUGUAACAACAACAAUCGCUUCAUUUCUCUGCUGCGCUCCACUCGGCCACAGGGCAUUGCCACCACAAGCUCAUCGAACAACAGCAGCCUCAGCGGAAUAUCCGUCCUCAGCCAAGUGCCGCCCCCGAAGCCCAAGCGUUUGAUGGCCACCGCCUCGCCCAGCACCACAUUCGCGAUGCCCUCGUCCAUGGGAAUGAGCAGCCAGCGCAAAUGCUCGCUGCGUCGUAAACCCUCCAUGGACAAGUCGAGGGCCACGAUUUCGCGCCAGAACUCAAGCGCCUCGGUGCGGCCCCAGCAUCAUGCCAUCAUGGAGGAUCUCAGCCUCGUGGUGCCCGUCCGACUGCGCAUCGCCGAGUAUGAGCAACGCAUCUCAAUGAGUGCAUAAGAGAGGUGUAACUGUGUGACCUAUGUCAGAGAGGAGUGGCGUGUGCAAAAUGAUGGUU